UAAACUUUGUAUAAAGAAGAAUUCUAACAUCCACAGUCGCCAUGUUUAAAUCGAAACAAAUAUCUGUUAAUAGCGGCCUUGACUUUCGCGUAGUUAGACAAGUUUUCACGUGUUUGCGAGACAAUAAGGACAAUUUUACUGAUUUUACAGUCAACAUUGGCGACUUCCAGUUCAACUGUCACAAGUUUGUCCUAAGUUCCUGCUCUGGUUUCUUUGAGGCUCUCAUGAGGACAGAUAUGAGAGAAAAAUCUGAAUCAAGUUGUACCAUAGAAGGCAUAUCACCAGAUAUAUUUGGAUUCAUACUGGAUUUUAUCUAUGAAGGGAGAAAUGUUCUAAAUGACGAUAAUAUCCUUGCCAUAUGGCAUGCUUCAAACCAACUGCAGAUAACAUUUUUAUUUUUAUUAUGUGAACACUUUGUCAAAGAGAGAGUAAAUUUACAAAACUACAGUGAUAUACUUAUAACUGCUCAACUGUUGGACUCUUUAGAUGUUAUAGAUAGAGUUAGAUUGUUUAUGGUGAAUAAUUAUCAGGAGAUUUUAGAAUCAGACGCCUUCGUUCAACUCUCUUUUGACGAUUUUAAAUACAUUUUAAAUCACUGUAAGUACCAGUAUUAUAGAACCGAUUUUUUGGUGCAAUCGGUUUUAAAAUGGACAUGUUCAGAUGACGACUAUCUCACAGAUGAGCCGAAAAAAUGUUCCAGCAUGAUUCACUCGCCAGAGACAGAAACUGAUUCACUAAAAUUAAAAUGUAGAAAGGUGAACUCUACAACUGAUGAAAGGGGGGAUUUACCGUUUCGAAGAUCAUACCUUGGUCAAUUACUUGCAUUAAUUUCUCUCCAGAGAGCAAACAACGAGUGUCUAGCCAAACUUAUGAAGAAUAAAUUUGUCAUGGAAAAUGUAUAUGCCAGGACUAUUGUCAACAAGAUCGCUGCCACAAGUUUUGGUCCCAUAAAAUUACGUAUCACAAAACUUGGUACCACAAAAUCAGAAACGAUUAUUCAAGACGCCAUAUCAAUUUCACAUUCAUCAGAAUCAGGCUCCGAGGAUGAAUCCGAUGAAACAACAGAAACAAUAUCUAUAUCAGAUUCUGUAAUCCCAGAUUCCCUUCAGAGCCAAGCCAAUGGUCAUGAUCAAAGUACGAUCCACCGUUUUAGUGAAUUCCGCGAUUUUAUUUCAGAAAGGUCUCAACAUUUCCUAGACUUUAUGAUACCUUUAAUAGUUUUGUAUUCAUGUUUAUUAGUGUCGAUUAACCUACUCAUUGGGGACUUUAUAUAACAUGUGCACAUAACAACAACAAACACACCCUCAUCUUAAAACAAUCGAUCUGUUACUACAAGCAUAUGGAAACCACCAGAGCUGCCAUUCAAUACAAUUACAUUCAAUACCACCUGUCUCAAUUACGCCAACGUUUUGAUUUAACUACAUUAUCGAUUUUGAUUGAAGCACUGAACGUAU